AAGAGACUGUGUUUUAUGAGUAAUAAUAUUGUGUUGACUGCUGAUAAGCCUGUGAGCGGGGGAGGUGGAUGUUUAGAGGGUGGUCCACGCCCACGACCAGCUGCAAAAGAAGAGCAACCUGGUCACACAACUUCACGUACACCGAUAAUCAUUCCAAUUAAAGGCAACAACAACAAAAUGACCCUCUCCACUGCUGAGAUACCUCUACCCUCGAACUCCGACAUUCCCUUGCCAGAGGCUGGGGAUAUACCCCUCCCAUCAACAGAUAUGGUAAAUAUACCCCUGCCCAGUGGUACUGUGCCAUCAAGUAAACAUGAAGAUAUACCUUUGCCAUCGAAUGAGAGCAUUCCAUUGCCUGCGGAGAGGCAUGCAGCCCCACAGACUGAAAGAAGACGUAUUAAGGUUUCCCUGUCGCAUCUUGAACCGAAGGGUGAUGAAUUGUUGUGUCGUUCGUGUGUGAUGAAGUUUACGAAACAGAUCGACUACGACACGCAUUUGCAGUCAGAGGCCCAUCAGCAGGCUAUAAAACAGUCAGACAUACAGAGUCAUGGUGCCAGUCUACUAACUAAAAGACUUGACAAGUCUCCGAGUCAUGAUAACAAGUCUGGCCAUGUGUCGUUCAGCUUUAAGAAGAACUAUGGGUCAAGGAUUGUAAAUACGCAACCCUUUAUACCAGUCCGUCGUGAGGAGAGGAGAGCUUCACCAGUGGAAAUCAAACUGCUGAAACCGGAAUCGGAGGAGAAGACGGAAGAUGUUGUAGAUGGAGCUACAGAGAAGAUAGAAAAUGGCAACCAGACAGAGAGUGUGGAGAGCAGUGAGAGAGAAGAGAGUAAAAGUGAGAGAGAGGAUGAGAAAGAUCCAGAAAACAAAUUGUUAAUGUUUGAUUUUGUUAAGGUUCAAAGUAAAGAUGAUACUGGGAGAGUGCUUGAUUGGCCAAAAGAAAUGAUUAUGUACACUAAAACAGAGCCUAAACUCAUGUUCAGUUGUAAUCCUUUGUCUUUUGAUUUUUCUCAAUUGUUUUCAACAAAAAAGAGAUCUGUAAGCAGUGCUGGUCAGGGUACAAGUAUUGAGACAGCAGAGAAAGAUUCUCAGCAGAAGGUAGCAGUAGAAAACGUACAGAAGGCAGAAGAUUUGCAGAAGGCAGAUAGUGAAAAGAGGAAAUCACAUAAAAAGAAGAAGAAGAAACAUAAGCAUAAGAAACAUAAAGAUAAGAGUGAAGUAAAAGAAACUGAAAACAAUGAAAAUACAAAGGUUGGAGAAGAAACAGGAUCAAGUAGCAAAAAGAAGAAAAGGAAGCACAAAAGGAAACAUGAAGAUAAAGAGAAUGAUGCUAGUAAAGAAAAUGUGGAGAAUUCUGAAACAGUUGAUGAUAAAGAGAAGAAAAAACAUAAGAAAAGUAAGAAAAAGAGUAAACAGUCAGAAGAUGAAGGGGAAAAGUUGGGAGAGGAUGAAAGAAAACAUAAAAAGAAAAAGAAGAAAAAGUCAAAGAAAAGGAAGAAGAAGCACCAUGGCGACAAUGAAAAUGAAAAAUCUGAUGGUGAAAAGGAAAAUAAGGAGAAAGAAAAAGGUGAUUCUGGUGAAUCUGGAAAAGAAUCUGAUAGUGAAAAGAAAGACAAAGAUAGUAAGAAAAAGAAAAAGAAAAGGAAGAAGCAUAGGAGGAAAGAAAGUGGAAAUAAUGAUAGUAGUGAAAGUGAAACAGAAAAAGCAGAGACAGUUAAGACAGAGGCAGCAGAUAAAACAGAUGUUGCUGCACCUGUGAAACGAAAAUUCCCUGAAGCAGAUUCGGAUGGUGAAAGUGAUAAAAUUGUUGCUAAAUUGCAAGCUUUGAGCAGAACAAAAACUGUACAGAAACCAACUGUUGUAAAUAACCAGGCCUUGCAGAAAAAGAUAAAGAAAGAACCAGUUGACAAUGUAGAAAAGAAAACACCCUCAGAUAGGAAAAGAGUGAAUAGUGAGUCAAGUGUUAAUGAGUCUACUCCAGUUAAAAAGACAAAAGUGACACCUAAAGCUUCUGGAAUGAAAGAUCAUAUUCAGAUAGCAGCAGUUGCACAGACUGCAAACCUUAAAGUGGAAAAGGAAGAAUCAUGGAGUAAAAUUGAAACUCAGACAAAUGAUAAUGUGAAAUCUAAGUGGGAUACAAGUGAUAGUGAUAUGGACAAUGCUUUGGAUGAUACUUUGAAAAAAGAAAAGGUGUUGAAAAAACGUGCUUCUGCUAGAGGUGGUGUUAAUAAGACAAAUAUUUUGAAGGACUUGAGAAGUCCUACAGCUAAAAGUGGAGCAAAGACUGAUAAUGAACAUAAGAAAAUUGUGAAUCAGAGUUCAUCUCAGAGGUCAAAUAAGUCUAAUUUAUCUGCUGGCAGUGCUAAGUUAUUAAAUACAAUAAAUGACAAACCAGUUCGAAAAUCAAGAAGAGUUUCAAGAAGCCCUGCAUCUAGUCAUAGUAGGUCCAGAUCUCGAACUCACAGUCGACAUAGGUCAUAUUCAAGAUCAGGAAGUUCAUCUUGCUCAAGAAGUAGGUCCUAUAGCUCAUCAUCAUAUUACAGUGACGACUCUAGACAUUCAAGACAUCGAAGAGGUAGACGUUCAAGCUCUAGAUCAUACUCCAGAUCUAGCAGUCGAUCUCGUUCAAGAUCCUAUCGUAGACGUAGAGGUAGAUCAUCCAGCUAUUCAGAUUACAGUAGAUCUCGCUCGUAUUCUACAAGCAGAUCAAGAAGCCGAUCUCACAGAAGAAGAAAACGAUCUUACACAAGAAGUAGAUCCAGGUCAUACAGUACCAGUUCCUACAGCAGCAGGUCAAGAAGCAGAACAAGAUCAUACAGAAAAUCCAGACGAAAGAAUCGAAGAAAAAAGACUUUGUCAAAGGAUAGAUCGUUGUCUGUUCCACCAGCUGAGAAAGACAUUGUCACUAAAAAGAAAACUGAGAAGGAAGACAAAGAAAAAGUCAAAGAGGUGAAAGAAAAAGUUGACCCAUCUGAGAUACCUUUACCUGACUUGUCUGGAAAGAAAGAUGAUGAAAGAACAGAGGAAAAGCUUCAAAAAUUAAAAGAGAAAAAACGUAGAACUGAUGUAGGAGAGACUGUUGCUAAACUAGUUGAAUCAUUACCAGCAGAUAUACCUCUUCCAUUCAGUGAAGGUGCUAGUAAAACUGUUUCCUCAGAUUCUUUACCAUCAGGUCCACCCACUGAGGCACCUAAAGAGACAGACAGCGGUUUUAUAGGACCAAAGAUGCCAGGCCCACCGCCACCACCACCAAAUAUGGGCCAAAGAUUCCCACCGAAUCAUGGUCCCCCAGGGCCUCCAAGACCAGGCUAUAUGCAUGGACAGUGGGAUCAUUGGGAUGCUCCAGGUCCUUGGGACAGCCCCGGACCAUGGGAUGGACACCGGCCUCCUUUUAGAGGUAUGAGACCACCAUAUGAUCCCAGAAUGUAUGGUCCAUAUGAUCCAAGACGUCGGGGUCCUCCUCCACAUUAUAUGAACAGACCAAGAGGACCACCUCCAUAUAUGGGCCCAAGAUACCCAGGACCACCUGGUCAUCAUCCAGAUUAUGGCUACGACUAUGGGGAGUACGACUACACUGAAGACGAUACUCCUAAAAGUAGUUCUCCACCUCCAUUACCUAAAGAUCCUCCAAAAGAAUCCUCACCAAAACCUCCACUGCCAAAGAAGAAAGGUAAAGACCAAACUGAGCCUGAGCAGAACCCUGACAUUGUGAUACCUCCAGAACAAGCUGAGCAGUACAAACAUCUACAGAAGCAAGCUGCUAAGCAUGCUCGAAGACAGCUAAGAAGGCAAGCGAAAAAAGAGUUAGGGGAACCAGAUGAGGACUCCACUUCAUCUGAGUCGGAACCGGAAGAGCAGCCAGAAGAGGUAGUGGAAGAAGCUGUAGUAGAUGAGACUCAACCUCAACUGGUAGCUGUCCCUCAACAGGUGGUGCUUCAACCGCAGCCAGCAGGCAGCCCUUCAGGAGCAUACAUAUUAGUUAGCGGAGGACAACAGUACAUUGUUCAGAAGCCUCAGUUUGUACAAGCUGGUGUUCCUAUACAAGCUGGACAACCAGUGGUGGCAGCAUCUCAGGGUGCAAUAAUGGCAACAGCAGCAGCAGCUGCUGCAGGGGCACAUCCUGCACACAUAGUUCAACAAGUUCCUGUAGGCCCUCAGUUACUAGCAGCACCAGCUCAGUUAAGUGCAGGUGUACCGGUGCAUAUGGCGUCUGCUGCAUCUAUACAACAUUUUCAGCAGGUGCAACAAUUACAACAAUUACAGCAGAUCCAACAGAUUCAGCAGAUCCAACAAGCACAGGCAAUUCAAGCCCACAAUCAGGCCAUGGCAGCCGCAGCAGUACAACAGGGACCCAUCGUCUUUGGCAACCGUAUACUUGUACCCACUCUAGGUGUACGACCAGGUAUCUAAUGUGGUAGUCAAUUUUUAUAAUGUACUUGGCGUUUAGAAUGCUUUGAAUAAGAUGUCAUACAUAAAGUAAAGGUGUAAUAAGUAACAGAAUGUGCUUGUAGAAUAUUUAUAGAGCUGAAUUGUAUAGAUGUAAGGAGCUUUAAAAGCUCAAAACUUUGUAUUUUAUUAUGAAUGCAUGUUUAAUGAAUCUAAGGUGAAAAUGUGUGAGUCUAAGGUGAAAAUGUCAAAUGUAAAAUUUAAUACUACUGCUUAUAGGCUCAAGUAUCAUCAAUAAAACGCAAUCAUGUCUUUUGAGUGUGCGAGUGAUUGAAUAUACUGCAAGCAAAUGUAAUUCUAGAAAUAUUUGUGACAUUUUAUUUUUUUAUGUCCGAGAACAUAGUCUUUACCUCAUUUGGGAUUUAGGAUUCAUUUUAUAAUAGCAUUCCUUUCAAAAGAACACCAGUUU